UUUUUUUAGGCUAGUUGAAUAGUUUUGAUUAAGGUUUUAUUAGUUUAUUACUCGAAACUAAAUCAAGGAUUUUCAGGAUACUUCCUUCGUGGAAUAAGAUAUUGGAUCCUCGAGUGAUCUCUUUUUCUUGUUGCUUCAUAAGAGUGAAUCGAAUAGAAUCAAUUCGCGUUAUAAGAGUAAAAAUUCCGCGGGUCCUUUCCGCUCUAAUCAGAUAAAGGGGGGUAAGGACCCGCUAAGCUCCUACUUUUUCAUGUUUACAAUCUGGUCCCUCCGAUUACUAUAGAGAUGAACCCAAUCCAGAAUAUGAACCAUAAAAGAAAACACCUACUAAACCAAUCACAGCAAUACCGGCUACAGUACCUAUCAGCCAAAGAGGAAUUCUUCCAGUAGUAUCGGCCAUUUCCCCUACUUUCCUCCACAUUUUAUCAAUUGGUCAUGCUAGAGACAAAAACAGUCAUGGGUAGUUAUAAGGAUGGUAUCCUUCCAAAUGGGAUAAGAGAAUUCUUAUUAGUCUCUUUCUUUCUCUCAAUUGAAGAAGUAAUUGGAAAAUAAAACAGCAAGUACAAAAAUGAGUAAUAACCCAGUAUAGACUGGUACGAUUCAAUUCAACAUUUUGUUCAUUCGGGUUUGAUUGUGUCAUAGUUCUAUAGUUGGAAUUUGGUUUAUCGUUGGAUGAACUGCAUUGCUGAUAUUGAUCCCAAGAAAAAAACAGUAGGUACAGCUAGUCCGUGAAUAGCCAGCCAUCGCACUGUAAAAAUAGGAUAGGUUCGAUCUAUGGUCAUUGAGGGCCUCCUAAAAGGAUCUACUAAAUUCAUCGAGUUGUUCUAAAGAAUCAAAACGGUCGGUUAUUAACGGAAUUCCUUGUCGGCUUUCCGUGAAAUACUCGUUUGGCCUAGGACUUCCAAACACGUCAUAAGCUAAACCCGUACUGACAAAUAACCAACCCGCAAUGAAUAGGGAAGGUAUAGUAAUGCUAUGAAUAACCCAGUAUCGAAUACUGGUAAUAAUAUCAGCAAAAGAACGUUCUCCCGUGCUUCCAGACAUGCUGAACUCCCAAAAUUUUUGUACAUUCAAAAAAGGAAUUGAUUCCGUAAAAGAUGGGAUCGACCAGUAAAUAGAAAAUUACUGAUAUUUCAUCCUUGUGAGAUUGUCAAUUUUGUACCAAAGGUGUAUUUUGAGUAUACCGAAUUAGUAUAGCUAUCCUUCCUAUGGCACAGCAAUCUGGUUUUGCCUGGUUCCGAAACAUAAUUACUUUUUUUUUUUAUUUUUGUCUAUAGGUAAGCUAUAUGUUAUUCAAGGCAUCAAUAGAAAACCCCAUUUUUGUAGGUUCUACUUACUUUUCAUUGGCUUCGGAAUAAUAGAGUAAUUCGGAAUAGCAGCCAAAAUCUUGGGAAAAUCUAAGUUAAUGAUCAAUAGGUUUGGAUAAAUAAUUUAGGAAGGAUAUUCUCAUACUGACACAAUACAAGGACAAGUAUAUGUGAAAUCUAUCCUUUCAUAAUUCGUAAUUAAUCCUUGUAUUGUUUGUUGGAUUAGGUCUAACUUUCUUGACCAAACUGCGAGCGCGGAACUUUACGAGAUGAAAUAGGGAAAGACAGAAGAUAGAAUAGAACUUAAAAGGAUAAUUGAAGUGACUUGUCUUCGAAUCUACUUUGGUUGGAGUUCGAAAAAGGAAUAAAAAUAAAGUAAAUUCAAGGAAGAGCUUUCUUUUUUUUUAACAGCCCCUUGGCAGGUCGUGGAAUGCUUUUGUUCUCCUCUUAUUCCAUAUGGAAUACAAUCAGUUAAAAUAAGAAGGAAUAGGGGAAUAUUCGAUCGUUCACUCCAAAAAGAGGGUCCUAUUGAAAAAGAAAUUAUCCAAAAUAGAAAGAAGUUUUUUUUUUUCAAUUCAAUUGUUUAUUUAUCUCUUAUUCAAAAAUUUCCUUGAAAAUCGAAUUUCAAUUUUUCAUUCAAUGGGGUUAGAUGAUCUAGUUCUUAAUAUUAUUACUUUACUCAAUUGACAAAUUCCACAACAAAUCUCUUGAUUCGGAAUUAGGGACUCAUGUAUCAUCUGAUGAAUCCACUUUCUUUUACACUUCUGUAUCUUACUCUAUCUUGUUUUUUAGUAUUAUCUAAAAUAACUGAUGAAUUAUGAAUUUUCCAUAACUUAGGUAAAUGCUUUACCAACAUAUGUAGUGUAGUAAAAAAAAAUAAAUGGAAUUUAACUCUUUCAUGCUUACUUUAACUAGUUAUUUUGGUUUUCUACUGGCUGCUUUAACUAUAACCCCAGCUCUAUUUAUUGGCUUGAACAAGAUACGCCUUAUUUGAAUUGACUGAAUAAUUAUAAUUCAGAAAAGAAAAAUCUUUCUUUGGGAUUCCUGGCAUUCUACGACUCUUUUCCAGACUAAUUAGGAAUUCUUUUCUUGGUCAUUGAGAUUCGUGGAUAAUUUAGAGUACUAUUUAGGGAUAGAUCGUACCUCUUUUUUUAUCCCCUCGAACAAAUCGAAAUGAUUGAAGUUUUUCUAUUUGGAAUCGUCUUAGGCCUAAUUCCUAUUACUUUAGCGGGAUUAUUCGUGACUGCGUAUUUGCAAUACAGGCGUGGGGAUCAGUUGGAUCUUUGAUUGAGUCAUUUUUUUUUGAUUGACCUCCUCCAGACCAGAGAGGAGGUCAAAUUGAAAUUGGAGUUACAAUUCAAUUUUGUUAAGUUAUUUUACUCUGCUUCGACAUAAGAUAGAUGGAAUCACGCUCUGUAGGAUUUGAACCUACGACAUCGGGUUUUGGAGACCCGCGUUCUACCGAACUGAACUAAGAGCGCUUUCAUUCAUUCAAAAAGAAAAUCUUUUUCUAUUCCUAAUGUAUCUCACGUACGUAUAGUCUCCACAAAUUCAAGUUAUACCCACUUUACUUUAAUUGAUCUCGUCGCUACUGCCUAUAAAGAAGAAAGAAGUAAUAGGUAGGGAUGACAGGAUUUGAACCUGUGACAUUUUGUACCCAAAACAAACGCGCUACCAAGCUGCGCUACAUCCCUUUUCCAAAUUAAAUUGUUGUACAAUGCCAUUGUACACAAUUCCUGUCUUCUUUUCCACAUCAUAAUUUUCUUGUUCUUUCUAUUUUCUUCUUCUUUCUUUCUCUAUCUAUAUAUAGAACCCUCGUGUCAUUUCUUCUUUUUGGUCUCAUAUAAUUAAGGAAUUAUAUACAUAUAAAAUCCAAUAUAAUUUCGCCUAUAAAAGAAGGAUUACUUUUCCUUGGUAAUAUAUAGGAAGAAGGGGUCAUCUUUUUCUUUUUUAGGGAUAGGAAAAUUUCGUCGAUAUGGUUCAUUUUAUAUAUAGCAUAACAAUCUUGGGCAAGAGUUUAUGAUCAUAUAUGUAUUCCAACAAGGAAGGAGGAUUUUCAAUGCGGGAUAUAAAAACAUAUCUCUCUGUAGCACCCGUGCUAAGUACUCUAUGGUUUGGUGCUUUAGCAGGUUUAUUGAUAGAAAUUAAUCGUUUAUUCCCAGAUGCUUUGUCAUUCCCUUUUUUUUAAUUCUAGUUAUUGCUAUGGAAGGGAUAGAUUUCUUCGUGAUAUGACAAAAUUUGAUCCUUUUCAAUCUUUUUUUAGUAUCGGAAGGAAAAAGAAAGAAAAGAUGGAUUGGGUUGAACCUCAGAGUCAUUAAAAAUUUGGUAAACCCCAUUUUUGAAAAUAGAAAUUCAAUUUAAAGGGGUACCCAAGCUAAAUAAGGCCUCAGAAAUCAGAGCAUAGAAAAGGCGGGGCUGGCUAAUUAAAUGAAAGGAUUUCGAACCAAAAUCUUUGCUAAUUCGACAAGGAUUGUAUUCUUUAAUUAUUUCUCUAUUUUUUAUUACUUAAUUUAAGAAUAAAAAAAAAUUAUUCUAAUGAAUUUUAUUCUUCUUCUUCGGAUUCAAAAUAGAAGAAUAAAAGAAUAAGUAGAAUAAUUAAGUUAAGUCAAUCCAAAAAGAAAAGGAGGUUCAUGGCCAAGGGAAAAGAUGUUAGAAUCAGAGUUAUUUUGGAAUGCAUCAGUUGUGUUCGAAAAGGUGCCAAUGAGGAAUCGACGGGGAUUUCUAGAUAUAGUACUCAAAAGAAUCGCCACAAUACACCCGGACAAUUAGAAUUCAAAAAAUUUUGUCGUUAUUGUCGCAAGCAUACGACUCAUCACGAAAUAAAGAAAUAGGAACAUCGUGUGUUCGAUCUUUCCAAACAACAGAAAGAGUAAGAACUUCAUAUUUAAUAUAUAAAGAAAACAUAGUAUAGAAUACAAAAUACAAAUCAACUCAUCUGAUUUCCGGUAGAUAUUAUUUCAUAUGUAUAGAGGGUAUUCAUAUACUAUAAUAUGAAUCAAAUAAGAUAUGGAUCAAAGAAAAACUACUUCUUCUGGAUCCUAAAUUAAUAAAAUAAAGAAGUGAAUUUUCAAAUUUUCAAAUUUUAAAUAAGGAAUAAAUCAUGUAUACAUCUAAACAACCUUUUCUUAAAUCUAAGCAACCCUUUAGUAAAUCCAAGCAAACUUUUAAUAAAUCCAAGCAACCCUUUCGUAAAUCCAAGCAAACUUUUCGUAAAUUCAAGCAACCUUUUCGUAAAUCUAAACAACCUUUUCGUAGGCGUCCUCGGAUUGGCCCGGGAGAUCGAAUUGAUUAUAGAAACAUGAGUUUAAUUAAUAGAUUUAUUAGUGAACAAGGAAAAAUAUUAUCGAGACGAAUAAAUAGAUUAACCUUGAAACAACAACGAUUAAUUACUCUUGCUAUAAAACAGGCUCGUAUUUUAUCUUUCUUACCGUUUCGUAACUAUGAGAACGAAAAGCAAUUUCAAGCCCAGUCAAUUUCAAUAAUUACAGGUUCUAGACCCAGAAAAAAUAGACAUAUUCCUCAAUUAACGCAAAAGUACAAUUCCAAUCGAAACUUAAGAAACAACAACCAAAAUUUAAGAAACAACAACCGGAACUUAAGUUCCGAUUGUUGAUGUUUUAUUCGAAUUCGAAAGGGCCAGACCUAUAUAUAUUAUAAAGAAAGUAAUCCAGCUCGUUGAUUCCUACCACUUAAUCUUAAUUUAUUGUAUCUUCCCGGAGUUCCCUCUCCGGGAAUUCAUCUUUUUUUAUUCCAGUAUAUUACUUUAUUUAUACUUUUAAUUGAUGAUCUUUAUUUUAUUGGAAAUCGUGUAAAGAUUAUUUGGAUUUGAUACAGCUACUUGUGCAAGCAUUUUACGAUUAAGAAUCAAUUUCUUCUUGUACAGGUUGUGUAUUAAUUUACUAUAACUAUCGAAUACUUUAUAUACCCGCGUUGCUGCGUUUAUCCGAGUGAUCCACAAACGACGAAAAUCCCUCUUUUGCCUACCUCUAUCUCGAUGAGAGGAAACAAAAGCUCUUUUUACCUGUUGGGUAAUCAUUCGAUUAAGUCUUAAAUGAGCCCCUCUAAAGUUUGAGGCAAAUGAACGCAUUUUUGUUCGUCGUCUCCGGGCUAUAUAUCCUCGCGGAACUCUGGUCAUUGAAUCAAAUUAACCUUAAUGAAUAACUAAUGAUUUCUCUUCUUUUAGCCACCCUUUUUCUCAUUAAUAACAAAACUAAUUAUUCCGAUAUAUAAAAUAUUAAUUCCAAUGGCUUUUGCUAUAGUAACCUUCCCAACCACGAUUUUUUAUUCCACUCCGUUCAGUUAUUUCUAUACGAAAUAACAAAUUCAUUCUAAUAAUACUAAAAAAAAUAGUGGGUUCCAUCGUUUCUAUGGUUCCCUUUUAAACGGUGAGGCCCUCUCUAUACACCGGAGCCCUUUCUUUCAUCAAAAGGUAUUGCGAACUUGUAUAGUCCACAUUCUUUGGCUCUACCUAUCCAUUAUAGAGUAAAUAGCUCUUUUCACAAUAAGAGUUAUCCAUACAGUGACGGUAUUUAAUUAUGAAAGUUGGCUAAGUAGCUGACCCUGUUAGUCCGUUCUUUUAAGAUAAAGGAGCAUAAGCCUUUUUCUUUUUAUUACUAUUUCCUCCGCUUAAUGGAUAACCAUUUGCUACCAAUGGGAGAAUUGCUUCUUAUUUCCAAUUUAGAUAAUUGGAUUUGCACCAAAGGAAACCAUAAAUUCCAUAUACCAUAGAAAUCUAGGAUAGAGAAGCUAUAUCCUAUUCAUUGGUACUAAUCAUGGAUACUUCAAUUUUUUUAUAUUUGUUUGAAGUCAUGAUCUGAACGAGUCGCACAUACACCCUAGCACAUGUUCCUCGACGCUGAGGGCAUCCUUUAAGCGCGGCCGUUUUUCGAGCAUUUCGUAUUGGCUGUCUUGCGUUUCUAAUAAGUUGUUUAACCGUCGGCAUGUUGUAUGUAUAUAGAAAAAAAUGGAUUGGUUUAGAUCCAUCUUAACCUGAUGAUUGCUCAUCAUGAAGUCUUUCUAUUUUCUAUUAAAUCGAGGAAAACACGAAUUUAGCUGUGAAAUAACUUUACAAGAAAUCCGGACACUACCAAUCCUUAAACAUUUCUGGAAACCACACUGGAUCAGUAUCGCAGUGCUUGUCAAUCAUUUCAUCCCCUACAAUAUCGACAAGUCCAUAAGCUUUGGCUUCGUCUGCUGACAUAAAAA